AUGGCUCACAUGGUAGACAGUGCGUUACAGUACAUGUUCUAUAUUUACAAGUACUUGAUACUUUACAAGACAGGUGGCAAUGCACACUACACAUCAGAGCGCAUUAUUCAGGAGCUGAUUUGUGUGAUGAGUGAUAUCAUCUCGCGAUCCAUUAUAAAUGACAUGAAAGUGAGCCCUGUGUUUUCGUUAUUGAUGGAUGAGACCACCGAUGUCGCUGUGAUGAAACAACUAAUUACUUAUGGAAAAUAUCUGACAUUCAGUGGUGAUACUUGUGAGGUGAAAACAGCAUUCAUAAAUAUGGAUGAUCUCAUUAAUGGAAAGGCAGAAACCAUUGUAGAAAGUACAGAGAAGUUUUUUGAGAAGACAGGGCUUCGUUUUGAUCAAUUGUCUGGAUUAGGGUCUGACGGUGCAUCCGUAAUGGUUGGGAAAAAAACAGGGGUUUCUACCAGACUUCGAGAGAAAAGUCCUGAAUUGAUUAACAUUCAUUGCAUGGCUCACAGACUGGCACUUGCCUCAUCACAGACUGUCAAUGAAGUGCCUUACAUAAAGAAGUUCAGCAGUAUUUUACAGCAGCUCUUCUAUUAUUAUCAAAAUUCUUCAGUUCGAAUGGCUGGAUUAACAGAAAUUCAGAAAAUUCUUGGUGAUCCAGUAUUAAAACUGAAAGAGGCAAAAUCUGUACGAUGGCUAUCCCACCAACGUGCUGUGGAUUCACUAAGAAGAUGUCUUCCAUCAGUUAUUGUCAGUCUUGAGAGAGAAGCCUCAGAGCGUGGUGAUGCAACAGCAGCUGGAUUAUCUGUGUUCAUGAAACAGUACAAUUUUAUUGCCACCCUCUACCUACUCAGUGAUGUGCUACCUCAUUUGACAAAGCUGUCAUUACUUUUUCAGAGAAGAUAUCUUGACCUUUCAUUGAUAGACCCUGUUCUGUCAAGUACAAUCACUAUCAUAAGUCAGUUGAUUCACCAUGAGGGAGAAUAUACAAGGAGUGUGGAUGAUGUAAUUACAAACUUUGAGCCCCAGUUACCUGUUGUAGAGGAUACAAAAAAGGCACAGUUUAAAGCCAAGAUAUACUACCCAUACAUAGAAGCAGUUAUUAAGAACCUAAAAGAAAGAUUCCCAGACGUUAAAUUGAUUGAUGCCUUCACCAUAUUUGAUUCAUCACUGAUCACCAAAUCACAUGAGGAUGUCAUAGAAGAUGCAUCACAAAAGGAAAAGUUAGAGGUUUAUAUCAUUCGUGUCGUAUGGUCUGAUCAUACAACACAGAUAGUAUAUAGACGAUAUACUGACUUCUUUGAUUUUCACUACGCUCUCAUAUUCAACGCAUUUCUUCCUUGCCUUCCUCAGAUUAAAAUACACGAACUAUUUCCAGAGGAAGCCGGAACAAAUAACCCUUCUCAUCGAAUUAUUCCCUUCUUCCCAGGCAAGAAUUUAUUUCAAAGAAUCAACACUCGCAGAUUUGUUUCAGACAGACUAGAAAAGAUUGACCAAUUUUGCCAAGAACUAAUACAUCUUCCAGCGAAAUUAUCUGAAUGUCGGGAAGUUUUAAACUUCUUUGAGGCACGUCCCGAAGAUCUCAAUCCACCAACUAAACUGGAUUCAGAGAAAAGAAGGCGGGGAGUGAUAUCACAACCAAUACAGCUUGAAACUUACAUGGCUAUUGAUGAUUUUAACAAACAACAAAGAAAUGAACUCAGUUUACAUGCUGGAGAUAAUGUAGAAGUGAUUGAAAAAAACGACUCAGGCUGGUGGUUCGUAGUUGUGGAGGGAGAGCAAGGCUGGGUACCGGCGGCGUAUUUAGAGAAACCUGGCGAGGAAAAUCAAAUAAACGAGGAUUUCCAAACGAUUGAAGUGGGCAAUGGACAAGAGAGUUACGUAACCAUUCAGAAAUAUAAAGCUGAAAAUGACGAUGAGAUAUCGUUGGAUAAUGGAGUUGUUGUACUUGUGUUGAAAAAGAACUUGGAUGGAUGGUGGUUUGUCAGGCAUGAAGGCAGAGAAGGAUGGGCACCAGCUACAUACCUCAAAAAGACAUAUGAUAAUACCCAAACAGAACAUAAGUCAGCUGAUACCCUCACUCUAAACUCUACUCGUAGCGUAUUGCGUUCACCAAUGAUUAGACACAAACCCCCUCCGAGACAAGGAACCAUCAAGAAAUCCUUAACAAGAAGCAAACGAGAGAAAUGUGAAUAUUUUACUAUUGGCAGAUUUCAAGCUUCGUUGAAGGAAGGAAUCAGUUUUGAAAAAGGUCAACAAGUUCAAGUAAUGGAUAAGUCUACGGAUGGGUGGUGGUUUGUGAAGAUUGAGGAGAGGGAAGGAUGGGCCCCAUCCAGUUAUAUCGAGGAGAAGAGACGUAACCAGUGGACGAUUGACGAUACUCAAGUGAUUAAACCCGGUGUGUCCGAUAUCACGGAAGUGACGUCACAUCACCAGAGUGAGAUUACUCCCGCAAAACAACUGGAGCAAGCAAGAGCCAGACUUAAGAACGUCAGUAUUUCUGUCAAAACGACACAAAUCACAGAUAUUGAUAGAAAUGACAACAAUAUUACGAAAUUGUCUCAUUCUUCAACCAACUCAGGUUCUUCAAAACAAACUAAACAGGAUUCCAUGGAAACUGUAAACGAUUUUCCAUAUAUUGCCACAGCAAAUUUCUCAUCAAAAGAGAAUUUUAUGUUGAACAUUGAAGAAGGAAUGGAGGUGGAAGUGAUGAAGAAAGAAUGUUGGCUUGUCAAGUCAAGGGAUGGCAGAAUCGGCUGGGUACCAAGCUGCUGUCUUACGAAACGAAACUAA